UUCGUAUUUAACUUUUUUAAUCAGUUGAUAAUUAGUUUAUUGAUGCUGGUAAAUAUGUAGAAGAAUAAAAAUGUUUGGGUAUAAGAAUAAAGGAACCAUGACGACAGAACAAUCGUGAAAAACUAUUUCUUUUUGUCGUGAGUCUUUUAAAAACUUUGUUGUGCGGCCAUUUUUUUGGCUUAGAAGAAAGGGUUUUCUCUCUGGGUGAAAGGUUAUAGGUCUAUGGCCGAAUGGUACAUGAAAGAGGAAAAAUGAAAGAAGAAUAAGAAAAAGUAAGAAUAAAAAUACAAAUUUGAUGAUUUGAAUUUAAUGUAUUUUGGGUAUUGUGAUAUGAUAGCUUUUUUUUGUCUGCUUGCUUUAUUUCUGCUGAAAUGAAAAUGGACCAUUGAAUUGAAAUUUGAAUUUGUCGAGACUUCUAGGAAUUUUUAUUGUGAAAAUACAUGCAUAACUAAUUUUGGUCCUAAUUAAUUAGUAAUUAGCAAGGUUUUGAAAAUUAGACCGAAUGGGUUAGUUCGACCAGUCUAACCGUGAAUCGGCAGUAAUUACAGUCCGAUUUUUCCCUAAAACCGUUUUUCUAAAAAUCGGAGGAGAACAGAAACGGCGUCGUUUUUGCCAAAUUUGCUUACUUUCACUCUUGGUUCUGGAGUUCCUUCGUUUCUUUCUCCCUUUUCCCUCCCUUUCUUUCAUUCACAGAAACGCAGCCAAAAAACCCUAGCACUGUAAGCCUACACCACCGCCGCCGCAAGGAGUGACAUACUGCCGCCGUCCGUCCGUCUAUCUAGCUUCCCUCGUGCUCCAAGUCUUCAACCCCCGUUCGCUGUCACCGAUCGCAGCUGCUUCCUCGAGCUCGGCAUCCGUCGUCUUUGUCUGCUCAGCCGCGCUUCCGCCGCCGUUGGUUGCCGUUAACAUUCGCGUCUUCGUUCAGCCGUAGUCUUCGUUCGUGUUCUUCGCCGUUCAAAUUUGCUCGGCGUUCACCGUUCGCGUUCACUCGCCGUUCACCGUUCGGGUUCGCGUUCAUCUUGAAGCCACGUUGCCCUGCUUCAAACUCUGCGACCAACCCGCGCGCUCCACUUAGCCGUCGAACUGCUCUCUUUUGUCGCCGCCGAAAUUCGUUGAGGUAUAUAAGAAUUAAGAAGGAAGACUAUUUUAACGUUUUCAGUCAUGAGUUUGCUUGAAGUCAUUAAAAAUGCUUCAAUCAAUUCGAAGCCACUUGAUUCUCCACUGGAUUAUCCUAUUGUUCUGAACCCUGAUACUAUUAUACCUAACUUGAAGCCUGAACAAGAAGACGCAGCGGCCUUGUGUCUUGUAAAACCUCUUAGUGGAUGGAAAAUUUCCCAAGCUGAUGCUGAACUCAUUGACAUUGGGAAGAAGUUCUUUAUACAGCUAAAGGCAAAGCUCAAGAGUGGUAAUAGUUUGGAGAGUGAUGAGUUUAUUGGUGAUUUGAAUUCCUAUCUGAAUAGCAUCGCUGAGAAAAUAGGUGUUUCGGUUGCUAUUAAUCCAUCUAUGCCCAAUUAUACUAAGUUCUUGAUUGACAAGGUUGGAUAUUUUAUGGGUAAGGAUGUUGUUGGUGUUGUUUUGGAUGUGUGCAUUUCGUUUGAUAUUUGGGAUAUAGUUGAGGCUUUGAUUGAGCAUGGUGUUAUUAAGCAUUCUUGUCAUUCGGGCUUGGUUACUAGGUUAAUUGAAAAGAAGAGGUCCGACUUGAUAUGUACGUGCAUUAAGCACGCGUUUGAUCUCGGGUCAUCUGAAAUACUCAGCAUUCUGAGGUAUUUUCUUUCUCCAUCCAAAGAUGCUUAUGAUAGUAUGAUAACUGUGAAGAAGGAAUGGGAGAACCAAGUACAGUUGGCCAUUGAUGGAAUUAGUGAUAGCAGUUGGAACAAAAAGAAUCUGCUUGUGGCAAAGGAGGCUUCCGUUUUGCUUAUGGUAGCUUAUGAUGGUUUCUCUGCAUCUGAGAUUUGUUUGCAUUAUCUACUUGCAUCGUCAAACUUCAAUGAUGUGCUGUUAUCAUCUUCCUUCAGUAAGUUGAAUGGCAAAGAGUUGAUUAACUUGAUUCGCUAUUUAUCGAAGUGGCUAAAGAAGUACGAGAGGUUUCCUCAAGCCGGUCCCUGCCCUGAAGCUGCAGCAGCUUUGGGUUUGACGGUUUGCGAUUGGGUUCCUAAACUCGACGAUGUUGUGAAGUUUCUUGGUUUUGUGCUUGAUGAGAACUUUUCUUCGUUGGUGUUGCAUCCGGAGUUUCAUGAGCAGCUAAGAUUAAUUGAGGAAGUGGUUAGUUCUUUGACUGCUGAAUCCAAAUGUUGUUUUUUGAUGGCUGAUGUGGUGAACAAACUAAAGAUGGAAGUAAAAGGUGGAAAUACGUAUGAUCUUUUUUGAAACUUUGUUGUUCGAUUUUGUUAUGUUUUAUCAAUUUUGAUAGAAUAUGAAGACUGGUCUGAAGUGUGAACUGAUAAUCAAAUCAUCAAAAUCAUUGUAAUUUUUGGUUUAUGAUCUCAA